UACCUGUCAUAUGCUCAUCUACAGACUUGAUGAGGCGCACAAAUACAGGUCUAGCAUAUGCUGGUAGAGACUUCUUCAGGCCAUCAGCCAGAUGAUCCAAGUCAACACUUUGGUGCUCAUCAACGAUUGCCACCAUCCCUGCUCGCCCUUCAUUGCCUGCAAACAAAUAUUUUACAUGUGAGAUAUCAACGAUUGCCACCAUACCUGCUCGCCCUUCAUUGCCUGCAAACAAAUAUUUUACAUGAGAUAUCAACGAUUGCCACCAUACCUGCUCGCCCUUCAUUGCCUGUAAACAAAUAUUUUACAUAUGAGAUAUCAACGAUUGCCACCAUACCUGCUCGCCCUUCAUUGCCUGCAAAAAAAUAUUUUACAUAUGAGAUAUCAACGAUUGCCACCAUACCUGCUCGCCCUUCAUUGCCUGCAAACAAAUAUUUUACAUAUGAGAUAUCAACGAUUGCCACCAUACCUGCUCGCCCUUCAUUGCCUGUAAACAAAUAUUUUACAUAUGAGAUAUCAACGAUUGCCACCAUACCUGCUCGCCCUUCAUUGCCUGCAAAAAAAUAUUUUACAUAUGAGAUAUCAACGAUUGCCACCAUACCUGCUCGCCCUUCAUUGCCUGCAAACAAAUAUUUUACAUAUGAGAUAUCAACGAUUGCCACCAUACCUGC